UGUAUAAACUGCCUUAAUUUUGCUAGACCCCAGGAAGAGUACCUGCUGCCGGGGAUCCAUAAUAAAUACAAAUGGUUAGGUUGUUAAUAAGACGCACGUGGCAUUCCGGCAAUUUACAACAAAAAAAUACUAUAUUGGUGUUGUGCCAGUUGUUGACGAGCAAAACUGCCCUCUCAUUUGCUAGAAUGGUCCCGCCUGAUCUUGCCUGUCUUCUAUCUUUGAGGACAUGUAUUUCCAUCGUUAGAGCGGUCAUUCGACUAUCUCUAGAUAUUCUUUCACCAAGUUGACGAUUCACCGAGCGCUCCUCCACGGCCCACUUGUGAUUGGCUACAGCCUCUUUCCUCACAAGUCCACCAUGCCGAUUGAAUUGGCCAUGCCGCUCUACCUGUCAAACGAUGACUUCUGCUACACGAGGUCCCCGAAAUCACUGCAACCACUACGACCCUGUCUGAAGCCCUGCAUGCAGUUCAAACCCUCUGCCCCUCCUAUGCAGACUGAGCCAGAUUUGCUUCAUGAGAAGAAUGGGAAACCUAAAAGGCGAGUGUCCUUCGCCGACCACAAGGGCCUGGCCCUCACCAAGGUGAAGUUCUUUUCUCAUUUUGACACUAUUAACAUCCCACUCAACAUCACAGAGCUGUUCAGCUCUUCACUCAAGUUACCAAAUGAGGAGGACAAACUGAUAAUGGGCUUCACCCAGCCCUCCUCUGAUUACCUGCUGUUCCGUCAGCGUCUGGAGACUGAGCUUGUCUGCCUAGAGCACUGCAUGCUGAAAGAGAAGGCACUGUCUGGAACUGUGAAAGUCAAAAACCUGUCCUUUGAGAAGUCUGUCAAGGUGCGUGUAACCUUUGACACUUGGAAAAGCUACACGGACUUGGAGUGCCAGUACUUGAAGGACACCUACACAGGCUCGAACUAUGACACCUUCGCCUUCAAGGUUUCCCUUCCAGCUGAGCUGAGGCCGCACAAGCACAUAGAGUUUGCCAUCUGCUACAAAGUCAAUGGCCAGACAUACUGGGACGGUAACCAGGGCCGAAACUACAGGAUCAUCUGGUCUGCUCUGAAGAUGGACGGCCAGGGCAGCUUCAGCAAUAACCAGCAGAGACACUCGUUUGAUCUUGGAAUUCAAUUCGACUUCUAUGGAAGUCCUAGAUGCUCCCAUGGGAUGUUCCCAGAGUGGCCAAGUUAUGCAGGAUAUGAGGAUAUUAGACCGUACUACUGAAAAGCCGUCAUCCUUAGAGUAAAGUGUUUUUUUGUUCAGAAAAAGGGCUGUUCCCGAAAAUGUUUUUUUUUUUUUUUUUUUUU